AGACGGAAGAAGGAUAUAGAUAAAGAUAGAAAUGAAAAAAUAACAGAGGCAGAGAACGCGAGAAAAACAUCUCUCAAAACAAAAAAAAUCCUUUCGAAACGGCGCUCAUUCAUAUUCCGUCCGCAGCGCCUCCGAAAACCCCGACGUGGCAUCCCCUUCGAGUACUCCGACACCGCGUCCUCAGAUCCUCAGUGUACAUCAGGGCGUCGGAGAGGGAUUACGUGUCCACGCCUCUCCGUCCCCCCUCCUCCCCCUUCCUUCUUACUAUCUUGCUCUUGAUCAUGUCUGUGUUUUGCAGAUGUGUGCUGAUACAAGUGCCAUUAACCGGAGGGAAAAUGGAAAAGUUGUGAUAAAGGAGAAGAAGAAAGAAAGAUUUAAAAAAGUGUUAUGAUUAUUUAAUGCAUAAACGUGACGGGGUACUUUGGUAUAAAUAUUUUUCCCAUGAUAUUUGUUGACCAUGGUGCCCACGACAUAGUGAAACAGUGCCGCAAGGAUAUAGACUUCUCUUUUAUAAACCGGACUACCAAACAACCAGCAUGAGCCGCCUGAAGACCGAGCUGUCAUGGCUGCGGCGUCGAGGGGCAGUCCGCGCCGACGAGGACGAGGGCGCCGCGUCGCGCACCUGCGGCAGGUGUCGCGCGGAGCUGGGCCUCAUCAUCAACCGGGGCGCGCCGUGCCGGGCCUGCCGACAGCGCGUGUGCAAGCAGUGCCGCGAGUACAGUGUCAACGGCAGGGACUGGGUCUGCACGGUCUGCCAGAAGCAAAUAGACAUUCAGCUAGCCACCGGCGAGUGGAUGAACGAAUUCGUGCGCAGACCAAGCCGACGAAGAGAAAGCAAAGUUUAUGUGCCCCCAGCAGAUGUUGUCAAGCGAUCCCUCAUUAAGAGGUCAUGGACUAUCUCAAGGACUGACUUACGAGAAGACGGGACGAGGGAUCCCAAGCGAUUGCCAUGUCCUCCCACUGGAGAUCGCACUUCUCCUGAGCUCCGGGCACACAGCGGCCGUCCUGUGCCCACGCCCCGCAAGGCUCCCCGCGGCCACUACGCCCCUGCCGACGAGAACGAGCCCCCGUGGGACGCCCCGCAGUACCCUCCUCGGGCAGCGCCGCCGAGGCGCUAUAGCAUGAGCAGCUUUGACGGCGUGCCUCCCUCCUCGCGCCACCUGAAGGGCCCCGCGCCCGCGCCUCCGCGCGCCCACUACCACGACACACGGGAGCGCAGUCCCCAAAGCCCCUUCGGCCACCACAGUCCCCUGGGCCACCACAGCCCUCAGAGGUACUCCUCGCCCGAGUCCCCGCCGGUGCCGCAGCGUCGCCGGGUGCUCCCCGACCUCCCGCCGCACCCAGGCCCGGGCCCCCUCGGCACCCCGGAGCGGCCGUCCACGCUUCCACGCAAGCUGCGAGAGCCCCGCCACAGCAGCCGUCAGUCCCCGCCCGCGCAGCUCGACCCCAACCGAUUCCACUCCAUGCCCCGCACCAGGACGCGGUCCCCGAGUGGGCAGGGGCGCGGGCGCUCCGAGCCCGCCCACCGUCCGCAGUCCCCCGUGCUGCCGCUCCGAGAGAACCCGGCCCUCGGCGGGUACAUCAGCUCAGGCCCGUAACUAGCACGCCAUCAUGCACGACCC